GAAUUAUUUGGCGUUCAGUGAAAGCACUGCUGAAGACAUUUGGACACAAUUGGGUGACAUUUGGUUGACAUUUGGGGAGUGAAACAGUGGUUCACUAAUUGUCAACAAAUGGCUGAAAAACCCGAAGACUUUAAUAUGCCUUCAAAUGUGGUCUCGAAGAUCAUCAAAGACGCGUUGCCUCAUGGAGUCAAUGUGAGUGCAGACGUGAGGAGCGCCGCCUCGAGGAGUGCAUCGAUUUUCAUCCUAUAUGUGACCACUUGUGCCAACGAUAUAGCCGUCGCCAACAAACGCAAGACAUUGUCGGCUCAGGACGUGUUGGAAGCGAUCACUCAAAUUGGUUUCGAAGAGUUCACCGAAGAGUUGAUGGAAUUACACAAAACAUUAAUGAAAGAGAAGACUCUGAAGGAAAGGCAGAGACUUAAGAAUAAGUCCAUGGAAUCCAAGAGUUCUCAAGUUUUGGACGAUAAGGACGACGACAACGAGGAGGAGGAAGAGGAUGAGGACGAAGAAGAAGACGAAGAAGAAGAAGAAGAGGACUAGACUCUGGAUUAGAGACAAUCCAUUGUUUGAGUUGAUAAUCAUUUUACUAAUACUUGAAUACAUUAUUUAAAACUUUACACAAAAUAUAUCAAUUAAUUGACACAACAAUCCAUUUGACAAUUGUUUGUAUUAUAAUCAUUAUAAUCA